CGGCGACCUGGGGAGCGAGCUGGAGGGACCUGGGGAGCGUGCAGAGACCUCUAGCUCGAGCGCCAGGGAUCUCCCACCGGGAUGCCUGGGGAGCAGAUGGACCCUACUGGAAGUCAGUUGGAUUCGGAUUUCUCUCAGCAAGAUACUCCUUGUCUGAUAAUUGAAGAUUCGCAGCCUGAAAGCCAGGUUCUAGAAGAUGUUUCUGGUUCUCACUUCAGCAUGCUGUCUAGACACCUUCCCAAUCUCCAGACGCACAAAGAGAACCCUGUGUUGGAUGUGGUGUCCAAUCCUGAGCAAACAACUGGAGCAGAACCAGGAGACGGGACCGGUGGGUUCAGCGAAUGUGUGAAAGAAGACAAAACUGCAGACCCUGCGGAUUCUUCUCAUUUGGACACGUAUGAUUCCAUUAGUCAGGUCAUUGAACAGUUACCUCAGCCCAACAGGACCAGCAGUAUUCUUGCAAUGCCAGUGGAGUCUGCUCUUACAGUGGGGGAAGCAAAGGAAGACGAUCUAGAAGAGGAGAAAAGUGAGAAAGAUUCUUCAGACGAUGGUGUGGAAGCUUUGUUCCUAGAAUCAUCACAGUUAGGCUUUGGGGUUCUGGAGCUUUCCCAAAGCCAGGAUGUUGAGGAACUUAAUGUGACAUGUGAAGUGGACAGAGAAAAACUACAAUCAGUGACCACCAACUCUGCUCCUACCAGAUUAUCUGAUGUGGAUGCAAAUACUGCAAUUAAGCAUGAAGAACAGUCCAAGGAAGAUAUCCCCAUGGCGGAACAGCCCAGCACAGACACCUCGGUGACCACACAGCUCAGCAGGGAUGCACGUGUGGUGGAAGAGCCAAGUGCAACACCAGCAAGAUCAGAAGACUUACCUUCUAGUCCUAAAGUGUCACUUGCUGCUGUGGAACGGAAAGAACAGAUGUCUGCUCAGGCGGUCGUGGAAGGUGGGCUGCAGAUUGAGAAGUCACUGGAGCCUGAGAUUUUGUCAACUCAGGAAGAUUUGUUUGACCAGAGCAACCAGACAGUAGCUUCUGAUGGUUGCUCUACUCCUAUGAGAGAGGAAGGUGAUUGUACUCUGGUUUCCACACCUGCCACCACUCUGCACCUCCUGCAGUUGUCUGGUCAGAGAUCUCUGGCUCAGGAGAGUCUUUCCACGAAUUCCUCAGAUGUUGUUGCUCCUUCCCCUGAUGCUUUCCGAUCGACCCCUUUUAUUGUUCCCAGCAGUCCCACCGAGCAAGAAGGGAGAAAAGAUGAGCCAAUGAAUAUGUCAGUGCUAGCUGAAGAGGGCCAAGCUCCAUUUCAGAAGAAACUCCAGGAUGAUGAACCAAUGGAAGUAGAAGAUAAUCCACUUGUGCAGGCUAAGCCUGCUGUGCUGCCUCAAGCCUCAACGCCAGUGUCACAGAGCACUCCAGUCUUUACUCCAGGAUCACUUCCUAUCCCUUCCCAGCCUGAGUUUUCUCAUGACAUUUUCAUUCCAUCACCAAGUUUAGAAGAUCGAUCAAAUGAUGGGAAGAAAGGUGGAGAUUUGCAUAGCUCAUCUUUGACUGUGGAGUGUUCCAAAGCUUCAGAGAGCGAACCAAAAAAUUCCACAGAGGAGCUUGGCCUGUCUUUGACAGGAGAUUCUUGUAAGUUGAUGCUUUCUGCAAGCGAGUAUAGUCAGUCCCCAAAGGUGGAGAGCUUAGGUUCUCAGAGGAUUGAUGAAGACGGAGAAAACACGCAGAUUGAGGACCCGGAGCCCAUGUCUCCGGUUCUUAAUUCUAAACUUGUUCCUGCUGAAAAUGAUGGUAUCUUGUUGAAUCCAGUGGAGGAUGGUCAAGCAGAAUUGAGUCAAAGUGAUGACAAAACAAAGGGAGAUGACGUGGAAGCCAGAGAUGAUGUUAGUGUUUUAGCCACUGGCUGCAAAGCCAGAGAAGACACUGUAGCAGAGGAUGUUUGUAUUGAUCUGACCUGCGAUUCAGGCAGUCAGGCCGUUCCUUCUCCGGCUGCUCGCUCUGAGGCGCUCUCUAGUGUGCUGGAUCAGGAGGAAGCUAUGGAAAUUAAACACCAUGCAGAAGAGGGGUCUUCGGGGUCCGAGGUGGAAGAAAUUCCUGAGACUCCCUGUGAAAGCCAAGGCGAGGAGCCCAAAGAAGAAAGCCUGGAGAGCAUCCCCUUGCACCUUUCUCUGACGGAAACUCAGUCCCAAGGAUUGUGUCUUCAAAAGGAAAUCCCCAAACAAGAAUGUUCCGAAGCUAUGGAAGUUGAAACCAGUGUGAUUAGUAUUGAUUCCCCCCCAAAGCUACCAGUACUGGACCAGGAACUGGAACCUAAGGAUCAGGAAGCUUGGGAAGAGGCUACCUCGGAGGACUCGAGUGUCGUCAUUGUGGACGUCAAGGAACCAUCUCCCAGGGUUGAUGUUUCUUGUGAACCUUUAGAGGGAGUGGAGAAAUGCUCCGAUUCCCAGUCAUGGGAAGAUGUUGCUCCAGAGAUAGAACCAUGUGCCGAGACCAGACUAGAUAAACAGGAAGAAAAGAACACAAAAUAUGAAGGAGACGCAAAAGCAGUGAUCGCAGAAAAGGAACCUACACAGGAAGACUCCUCGCAUCCUCCUUUGGCUUUAGAAAUAAGAGAUGAGCCUCCACAGACUGGCCAGGGCAUGCAACAGCCUCAGCCUCAGCCUCGAGAGAAAGUGGAUAAUGAAGUAACAGAAGACCCAAAAGUGACUACUAAUGGAAAGCGGCUGGACUCAGGUGGUGAGGCAAAGCAUUUCGACAAGGCCUCUGCCCACGUCUCGCAAAGCUUCUGUGAAAGUUCUAGUGAAACCCCAUUUCAUUUCACUUUGCCUAAAGAAGGUGAUAUUAUCCCACCAUUGGCUGGUGCAACCCCACCUCUUAUUGGGCACCUAAAAUUGGAGCCCAAGAGACACAGUACUCCUAUUGCCAUCAGCAACUUCCCGGAAAGCACCAUAGCAGCCAGCGAUGUCAUGUCGGAAAGCAUGAUGGAGACCAAUGAUCCUGUGCUUGGGAGUGGGAAGGGCGAUUCUGCGGCUGCCCCAGAAAUGGAUGAUAAAUUGUGUCUAAGAAUGAAACUAGUCAGUCCUGAGACAGAGGGGAGUGAAGAGUCUCUGCAGUUUACCCUGGAAAAGCCUGCAACUGGUGAAAGAAAAAAUGGAUCUGCUGCUGUUGCUGAGCCUGUUGCCAGUCCCCAGAAGACUGUGACUGUGUUCAGCUGCAUCUGUGAAGCCCGGCAAGAGGUCCAGGUGCGAAGUGAGGAUGCCCCCUCUGCACACAGCAGGGGGAGCUUGCUCCAUUUUCCAAGGAAUCAAGAAGAAGAGGAGAAAGACAAAUCGGAGGGUGACCAGAGGAACAGGCAGAUUGAGCACUCUGUGAAGCCCGUUAGUUCCGUCAAGGACGCUGCCUCUCCUCUCUCCCAGCAGAGGGCCACCCAGAGGCUGUCCUGUCCUCAAGAAGAAGCAAUGGAGACAGACGUGUUAGAAGGCCAGAAAGGAAGACGGGAUAUGAAUCAGGAAAAGCCCAGUAAGACCUUGACUGAAAGGGCCACCCAGAAUAACGUAGGAAUCCAGACCACAGAGCGUUCCCUGUGGGUCCCAGAAACUGCUUCAGCAGCAACCCAGACCAUAAAGAAUGUGUGUGAGCAGGGAACCAGUACAGUGGACCACAGCUCUGGGAAACAGGAUGCCACGGUGCAGACGGAGAAGGGGAGUGGUGAGAAGCCCAUCAGUACUCCUGGGGAUGACACCGAGUCUCUGCACAGCCAGGGAGAAGACGAGUAUGAGAUACCGCAGCCUCCGCGGGGCCACGUCCUGCAUCGGCACAUGAGGACGAUCCGGGAAGUGCGCACGCUCGUCACCCGGGUCAUCACAGAUGUGUAUUACGUGGACGGAGCAGAAGUAGAAAGAAAAGUAACCGAGGAAACUGAAGAGCCCAUUGUAGAGUGUCAGGAGUGUGAGACUGAAGUGUCCCCGUCACAGACUGGGGUCUCCUCGGGUGACCUGGGGGAUAUCAGCUCCUUCUCCUCCAAGGCGUCCAGCUUACACCGCACGUCAAGUGGGACGAGUCUCUCAGCCAUGCACAGCAGUGGCAGCUCAGGGAGAGGAGCCGGACCACUCAAAGGGAAAACCAGCGGGACAGAGCCCGCAGAUUUUGCCUUACCCAGCUCCCGAGGAGGCCCAGGAAAACUGAGUCCUAGAAAAGGGGUCAGUCAGACAGGGGCGCCAGUGUGUGAGGAGGAUGGUGAUGCAGGCCUUGGCAUCAGACAGGCAGGGAAGGCUCCAGUCACGCCUCGUGGGCGCGGGCGAAGGGGCCGCCCGCCUUCUCGGACCACUGGAACCAGAGAAACAGCUGCACCUGGCCCUCUGGGCAUAGAAGACAUCUCACCGAGCAUGUCACCAGAUGAUAAGUCCUUUACCCGAAUUGUACCCCGGGUGCCAGACUCCAGCAAACGGGCAGAAGGGGGUGCUGCUGCUUUGCGUCGUAGUGAUUCUCCAGAAAUUCCUUUCCAGACUACUGCUAGCUCCUCGGAUGGCUUAGAUGCCUCCUCUCCCGGGAACAGCUUUGUAGGGCUUCGUGUUGUCGCCAAGUGGUCAUCCAAUGGCUAUUUUUAUUCUGGGAAAAUCACACGAGAUGUUGGAGCUGGGAAGUAUAAAUUGCUCUUUGAUGAUGGCUACGAGUGCGAUGUGUUGGGCAAAGACAUCCUCCUGUGUGACCCCAUCCCGCUGGAUACUGAAGUGACAGCGCUCUCAGAGGAUGAAUAUUUCAGCCCAGGAGUGGUGAAAGGGCACCGGAAGGAGUGCGGCGAGCUGUACUAUAGCAUCGAGAAGGAAGGCCAGCGGAAGUGGUACAAGCGCACGGCUGUCAUCUUGUCCUUGGAACAAGGAAACAGACUGAGAGAGCAAUAUGGACUUGGCCCUUACGAGGCAGUCACGCCCCUCACAAAAGCAGCUGAUAUCAGCUUAGACAAUUUGGUGGAAGGGAAGCGGAAGCGGCGCAGUAAUGUCAGCUCCCCAGCCACCCCCACUGCCUCCAGCAGCAGCACCACCACCCCUGUCCGGAAGGUCGCGGACAGUUCUCGGACCUCCGCGGGCAUUCCCUCCGGCAAAAGGAGGCUGAUGGCCUCGGAGGAGGAGCGCUCACCUGCCAAGCGGGGCCGCAAGGCUGCGGCUGCGAAGCCCGGUGCUGUGGGGGCCGGAGAGUGUGCGAGCCCCUGCGAGGGUGGGGAUCACGCUGCUGAACCCUCUGCUGUGGAUGAGCCCAGGGGGCCUUUACCGCUAAACAAGACCUUGUUUCUGGGCUAUGCCUUUCUCCUCACCAUGGCCACAACUAGCGACAAGCUGGCGAGCCGCUCCAAGCUGUCUGAUGGUCCUACAGGAAGCAGUGAGGAAGAGGAAGAAUUCUUAGAAAUUCCUCCUUUCAACAAGCAGUACACAGAGUCGCAGCUUCGAGCAGGAGCUGGCUAUAUCCUGGAAGAUUUCAAUGAAGCCCAGUGUAACACAGCCUACCAGUGUCUCCUCAUCGCAGACCAGCAUUGCCGAACCCGGAAGUACUUCCUGUGCCUUGCCAGUGGGAUCCCUUGUGUGUCUCAUGUCUGGGUCCAUGACAGUUGCCAUGCCAACCAGCUCCAGAACUACCGUAAUUAUCUGUUGCCAGCGGGGUACAGCCUCGAGGAGCAAAGAAUCCUGGAUUGGCAGCCUCGUGAAAACCCGUUCCAGAACCUGAAGGUACUCCUGGUGUCAGACCAGCAGCAGAAUUUCCUGGAGCUGUGGUCCGAGAUCCUCAUGACUGGUGGAGCAGCCUCCGUGAAGCAGCAUCAUUCAAGUGCCCAUAACAAAGAUAUUGCUUUAGGGGUCUUUGACGUGGUGGUGACGGACCCCUCGUGCCCUGCCUCGGUGCUGAAGUGUGCCGAAGCCUUGCAGCUGCCUGUGGUGUCACAAGAGUGGGUGAUCCAGUGCCUCAUUGUUGGGGAAAGAAUUGGAUUCAAGCAGCAUCCAAAAUACAAACAUGAUUAUGUUUCUCACUAAAGAUACUUGGUCUUAAGCUGUUUCGUUCCCUGCUAUUGUGGAGAUUGUGUUUUAACCAGGUUUUAAAUGUGUCUUGUGUGUUACUGGGUUCUUGCAUGGAUCUUGUAUAUAGUUUUAUUUGCUGGACUUUUAUGAUAAAAUAAAUGUUGAAUCUUUUUGGUUGUAAUAACUGGGAUUUUAUCUCUGUGUAGUGACUGAGUUUUAGUUCAGACAGAACCCUCUGCUUCCUUGUUAGGCCUUUGUUCAGGAUUGGUAGCCAAAGCAAUAGAAAGUUAAGAGUAAACUGCUCUGUGGUGUCGCUGUCAAAAGGUUAACCCAGGCUGUCUCAUGUUGUUUGCCUAAACUUGAUUUAAAAAUAAGUGAAUGCCUUGAUUAAUAGUUGUGCCAAAUAUUGAUUGGAAGUAGGGGCAGCUUUCAGUUUAACAGUUUAAAGCAGCUGUCUGUCUCUCCUUAGAGCUGGGCUGUCCUGCACUCCUACAGCCACAAUGGAAAAGGAGCAAUUGCCGAUGGAGCCUGUGGCGGGACUCCGUAAGAUCCGUGCGGGGCCACUUGGAAACUUGAAACACUCAAGUGAAAAUCCAGUGGUUUUGCUGCCUUGUGGCUGCUGGAAACCACUUCUUCCCUCCUCCUCCCCUGGCAUGUAUGUGUCAUGCCUGAUGAUGUCCCCCAUUCUUCAGU